GACUUUGCUGUAUCAUGUCGGACUGUGUUCUCUGACGGGACUGGAACGGACGAAUAUGGGCUCCAAGUCCCGGAGGAUGUGUCCGCUUGGCGGGCUCCUGGCGCUGCUGGCUGGUCUGACGCUCUUCGCGCUCCUCGGCGGGGCUCUCGGGGCCGAUGGAAACCCCUGGUAUCGGGACCUGUGCAGGUACCAGUGGGAGGCCAUAGACCAGGGCACCGGGGUGCGUUACUCCAUGAAGCUGUGCAGCUCCUCCCCCGCAACAGCGUGCGGGGAAUCGAGUGCUAUUUGUGCCCACGACCUCACCGCAAACAGAAACCAGUCUGUGGGAGAGCUUUCCCUUCUGAAGCUGUCGGACAGCGUGCUGGAUUUCAACACCACUCAGAAGUGCACCGGUGGCCAGGGAAACAUCCGCACUAGCAUCAGCUUCCAGUGUGCAAAAACCAUGGGAGCGCCUGAAUUUGUCACCAUGUUGGAAUGUGUUCGCUACUUUGAGUGGAGGACCUAUGUGGCCUGCAAGAGGGACAAGUUCAAGCCCCAAAAGGAGGUUCCCUGCUAUGUCUUUGACGCUGAUGGAAAAAAGCACGACCUGAACCCACUGAUCCAGAUCACCGACGGCUACUCUGUGGAUGAUUCGGAUGACAGCGCGGAGUUGUACAUCAACAUCUGCCGCAGCAUCACCCGGUCAGGAAGCAACUGCCCAGCGGACGCCGCCGCCUGCCUGGUCACCAGUGAAGGCACCUUCGGCGUGGGACGACCCACAUGGCCUCUGGAGCAGCAGUCCAGUGACAGGCUGAAGCUGCGGUAUGAGGGAGAUGACAGCAGUAAGCCGCUGUCCUGUGGGGUGCACACACCUGCCGUCACCAUCACCUUCAUCUGUCCCUCACGCAGGCAAGAGGGCAGAGACCCCAGGUUGACCGCAAGCACCAACUGCAGGUACGAGGUGGAGUGGGUCACUGAGUACGCUUGUCAUCGAGACUACCUGGAGAGCAACAGCUGUGUCCUGACCAGCAAGCAGCAUGACAUCUCCAUCAACCUGACACCUCUGACCCUGCGCAGAACAGACAACCCGUACUUCGCUGUCUUCAAGAGCCCUGAUGGCAAGGAGAGCUACAGGUAUUACCUGAAUGUAUGCGGAGAGACGAAUGCGGGCGAGUGUCAGGACGCCAAGGGCUACGUGUCCGUCUGUCAGGUGAAGGACUCGGGAGACGUGAGGAAGAUCGCCGGGAGAUACCUGAAUCAAACGCUGAGGUAUUCUGACGGCGAUCUUACCCUCAUUUACCCUGGGGGCAGUACCUGCAGCUCCGGAUUUCAACGCAUGACCAUCAUCAACUUUGAGUGCAACCAAACCGCAGGAAACGAAGGCAGGGGAUCACCGGUGUUCACAGGUGAAUCCGACUGCACGUAUUACUUUGACUGGCAGACAGCGUACGCUUGUGUGAAGGAGAAGGAGAACCUUCUGUGCGGAGUGUCGGACGGCAGGAAGCACUAUGACCUGUCACCCCUGACAAGAUACCCUGACUCAGAGAUCGUCCAGAACUGGGAGGCGGUGGAGGGCAGCGCACCAGAGUCUGACAGGAAGCGCUUCUACAUCAACAUAUGUCACAAGGUCCUCCUGCAGGGAGCGACCAGCGAGUGUCCUGAGGAUGCAGCCAUCUGUGCAGUCGGACAUGACGGUAGCCAUAGUUUGGGAAAGUUCCUCUCAGAGCCACAAAAGAGGGAUAAAAGUAUCUAUCUGGAGUACACCGAGGGGGAGACAUGUAGUGGUGGCAGAAAAAUAAAGACCACCGUAAGCCUCUUCUGCAAGCCAGGCGAUUUGGAGAGCCCUCCUGUGCUGCGGCGUGUCUCUUCUAACGGCUGCGAGUAUGAGUUUGAGUGGCACACAGCUGCCGCAUGCGUCCUGUCGAAAACCGAGGGUGAUGACUGCCGGGUGUCGGACUCCCAGGCUGGUUUCUCCUUCGACCUGUCCCCUCUGACCAAACAUGGCAGUGCCUACAACGUCUCCGACUCACAGUACACGUACUACCUUAAUGUGUGUGGCAACGUUUCUGCUGCAAAGUGUCCCAACACAGCCGGAGCCUGCCAGGUGGACAAAAUGGGGCAGUCCUGGAAUCUGGGGGGGUCCAACUCCAAGCUGUCCUACUACGACGGGAUGAUCCACCUCUCUUACCGAAACGGCUCCCGGUACAAUGACGAUAAGCACACCCAGCGCUCUACGCUCAUCUCUUUCCUGUGUGACCAUGAGGCUGGAGCCGGAUGGCCCGAGUACCAGGAGGAGGACAAAUUCACAUACAACUUCAGGUGGUACACAGCUUACGCCUGCCCCGAGAGAGUGCUGGAGUGCAUUGUGACCGACCCCAGAACCCUGCAGCAGUAUGACCUCUCCAGCUUGUCCAGGGCCGAGGGUUAUGGCAGGAACUGGGAAGCUAUUGAUCCCAACACCAAGCGGAAGUAUUACAUCAACGUGUGUAGGCCCCUUAAUGCUGUGGAAGGGUGUGACCGACUUGCCUCUGUAUGUGAAGUCAGCUACGCACCCGGGGAGGACAAAGCCACCGAGUCGGUGUCCAUCAGUAACCUGGGUGUAGCCAAAAGAGGUCCGCAGAUUGAGGAUGUGGACCACCUGCUGUUGGAGUACACAGGAGGAUCAUCUUGCGAAGCAGAGGGCCAGAGGACCACCUUCACCACUCGCAUCCACUUGACCUGCCUCAGAGGAGCUGUGGCUUCAGGUCCUCGUUUCCUCAUGUUCCAGAACUGCACGGCCACCUUCGUGUGGCACACAGAGGCAGCCUGCGUCAUCUCCACCACGGAGGAACAAAAUCAGACAUGCUCUCUAAAGGACCCUAACACAGGGUUUGAGUUCAACUUGCAGCCUCUUAACUCCAGCAGUGGCUACACAGCUCAGGGGAAUUCAAAAACAUUCAAGGUUAACAUCUGCGGAGCAGUGAGAGAGUGCGGCACAAUAGGGGACAAGCAUGUGGCCGGCUGUGAGAUGGACAACGGCCACCCGGUAGCCCCCGUGGGCUUGAAGAAGUCUCUGAAGUUCUCGACCGAUGGUCAACUGACCCUCACAUACGAAGGGGAACUGGACCCAAAAACAGGAAUGAGGGAUGCUUUCACCAUUGGCUUCGUGUGUGACCAGGACGAGAACCCUGGUACGCUGAGCUUGGUCAGGGAAGAGAUGAGCACAUCUGACCAUAUCAUCCACGAUGUCUUCUUCGAGUUCCGCACAGCGCUCGCCUGCCUGCCGGCACCCGUGGACUGCCACAUCAUUGAUUCAAAUGGCAAUGAGUACGACCUCAGUGACCUCAGCCGAGACGACAGGCCCUGGGAAGCCGUCGAUGCAUCCGGCCAGACGCAGUUGCAGCGUUUCUACAUCAACGUCUGCAAGCCGUUACCCCGGGUUCCAGGCUGCCCUGGAGGUGCUCUGGGUGCCUGUGCCAAGAUGGGCGGUCGAGGUGUAAACCUGGGCUACGUGCAGUCUAGCCCCCAGGCCUCGCCAGAUGGUUCGAUCAGCAUAGUCUACCUCAACGGGGAAAAGUGCGAGUCAAGCCGCUACUCCACACGCAUCCUCUUUGAGUGCGAUGACAGGCCGGGAUCUCCCAUGUUCGACCGAAUGGAUGGCUGUGAAUACGUCUUCAUAUGGAGGACUUCUGAAGCUUGUCCCAUCCGCAGAGUUCAGGGAGAGAAAUGCCAGGUGCGGGACCCCAGGAGCGGCCACGUGUUUAAUCUGAUGUCACUCUCAAAUAAAGAUUACGUGGUGAAAAGUGGGAAGUAUGAGUACCACCUGGCAGUCUGUGCGGACAUCCGCUCAGCCAUUUGCAUGCACAAGGACCGGGACAGUGACAGCGUGGCUGUGUGUCAGGUGGAUGGACAGUCCCAGAAGGUUGCAGGGUUGGCGACACAGAACCUUACUUACGACGAUGGACUUAUAAUGAUCAACUAUACCGGAGGAGAUGUAUGCCACAAAAUAUACAAGCGCUCUACAGCCAUCCUCUUCGCUUGUGACCACAGUAAGGCAGUGGGGGCGCCAGAGUUCAUGCACGAGACCGCCGACUGCACCUACGUCUUUGAGUGGCACACUGCUUUGGCCUGCGUGCCUUUCAAAACCACCAGCUGUACCUUCAAUGACGGCAACGGAAACUCGUACGACCUCUCUCCCCUUUCCUUGUCCCGAGACAACUGGGUGGUGGAACUGGAGACUGGGAACCACACUCGGUACUACAUCAACGUGUGCAAGUCACUGGUUCCGCAACGUGGUGCCUGGAAAUGCCCAUCCAGUGCAGCAUCCUGCCUCAAGAGCAGAGACCAGUACAUCAGUCUGGGAGAGGCAGAGUCUGGUCCGCGAUUUGAGAAGAAGGUCCUGGUACUGAAGUACACAAAUGGGGCGCCGUGUAGAGACAAUCGGAGGAACAGGACCACCAUUAUUCGCUUCCGAUGCGACCGUGACAAAGUGGACUCCAGACCCACCCUGGUGACGGCCAUCGAGGACUGCGUGUACACCUUUGUGUGGUUCACAGCUGCAGCAUGCCCCCUGAAAAGCAGUGAGCACGGGCAAUGCCGGGUCACCAACCCCGUCACAGGGCACCUCUUUGACCUGAACAGCCUCAACAGAGAGGAUGGCUACACAGUGUACGACCACAAAAACAGAAGGAAGAUGUUCAGGCUCAACAUUUGUGGAGCAGCAGCCAACUUCGGUUGCGAGGAUGAAACCGGUGUGUGCAUCAAAGACAACGUGAUAGCGAUUAAUGGUGGCCGGUACAACCAGAACCUGACCUACCGUGACCAGGUGGUUCAGCUGACCUACAGUGGUGGGUCUGUGUGCGAUGCAAAUCACACACUUACACAUAAGAGCGUGAUCAGCUUUGUGUGCAAGACCAGCAGCGUGGGAGAGGACGGCCCUGUGCUUGUGGACUCGGACCCCAACGAAUGCAUCCACUUCUUCUCUUGGCACACUCCGCUGGUCUGUGAGCAGCAGCAGGCGAGGUGCUCUGUUUGGAAUGGGACAUCACUCAUCGACCUGAGCCCCCUCGCCCACAGAACAGGCUAUCACCGGGCCAACAGCGAGGACCUCGAUCCGGACCAGUACACGAAAAAGAAACUCUCCUCUGAUUUCUACGUCAACAUCUGCGGGCCCCUAAACCCAAUCCCUGGCGUGAACUGCCCCCCAGGGGCUGCCGUGUGCAUGGACCCUCCCGACGGGCCCCCGGUGGAUAUCGGUCGUGUCGCAUCCACACCGCUCCUUGUCAACAACGAGGUGUCAAUUUCUUUCAGCAGCACCACGGUGUGUGUCUACAACUCAACCUUGAAUUAUAACUCCAUCAUCAGGUUCACCUGUGAAAGCAGCACAGAGUUGGGUGUGCCGCAGAUGAUCGGCAGGAUGCAGUGCCAGUAUGUGUUUGAGUGGGCAACCCCCCUGGUGUGCCCGGAUUCUGUCACCACCAAGGGCUGCACUCUCACUGACGAGAGGCUGCAGUUCACCUUUGACCUCUCCCCCCUGUCCAGGACUGUCCAGAGGGUGCGCUCUGGAUCCGGAGGCUAUCAGAUCAGUGUGUGCGGAUCCGUGUCAGAGCAGCGCUGCAAGGGCAGUGCCGUGUGUCUGACGUCAACCGACUCGGCAACCUCCUUUGGGAACAGCAAGGCCAUGACCAUGGACUAUAAACACGAGGAGGAGGCAGUGAUCAUGCAGUAUGGGGGUGGCGACCCUUGCCCACCAGUGACCACCAGUGGGGAGAUGUGCGUGUUCCCCUUCAAGUUUUUGGAUAAGGUCUACUCACAGUGCACCACGGCCGGUAGGACAGAUGGCCAGCUUUGGUGCUCUACCACCAGCGACUUUAAUGCAGACAAACAAUGGGGCUUCUGUGUUGAUGUGAAAAGCAAGCGCAGCUCCUCCAUCCUCUUUACCUGUAACCGUGGGACAGGCCUGGGGACACCGCAGCUGCUGAGUGAGACGCUGGGCUGCACCUCCACCUUCCAGUGGGAGACUGAGGUGGUGUGUCCGCCCCGCAAGAUGGAGUGUAAGCUGGUGCACGAGCACCAGUCCUAUGACCUGCGCAUGAUCUCCUCGCUCACCUCCCCAUGGAGGUUCAGCCACAACAGCGACGCGUACUACCUGAACCUGUGUCAGGGCAUCCAUGGUGGCCUAACAGAUUGCCCUGAGAGCGCUGCCGUGUGCCGGCACACCCGUGGGGGUCAGACCCAGGUGUUGGGGCGCGUUCACACACAGGUGAUGGCCUUCCGAGAUGAGAAGAUCGAAGUGAACUACACCAAUGGGGAAGCUGUUUGCGGGAAUGGAAAACCUGCCAAAACCGUCAUCCAGCUGAGCUGUGGCAACACCGUCGGGGCGCCCACGCUGCAAAGGGUGGACGAGCAAGCCUGUGAGUUCUGGUUGCACUGGGGGACGAGGGCAGCGUGUGCCGUCACCGUGCAGGAUGUGGAGAUGGUCAAUGGCACUAUCAAGGUCCCCGACACUGGUGCUGUCUUCAGCCUCGGAGCCCUCUACAACAGGUUACACCAGGCCUCUGGAGACAUCCGUUCUAAUGGGGACACGUACAUCUACGAAAUUCAGUUGUCGGGCAUCACCAAUGCCUCCUCCACCAAUUGCUUGGGUGCAAACAUCUGCCAAGUGAAAAUGAACGGGAAUUACUUUAGGAAGAUUGGCUUAUCCAGCAAGGUCAAGUACUUCAUCAAAGAUGGCAACUUGGACGUGUUGGUGGCAUCAGAGUCCAAAUGCGGACGGGACUCAUCCAAGAUGGUCUCCUCCACCAUCCUCUUCCAUUGCAGCCCUACGGCAGGGGAAGGCAUCCCAGAAUUCCUCCUGGAGGCGGACGGCUGUCAGUACCUUUUCAUCUGGCACACCUCUGACGUCUGCAAGCUUUUCACAGUUGAUAGCAACAGACAGACUUCUGGAGGAACGGAGGGGAACAUGGGCUUGUCUGGGCGGAGCCAAGCUGUGGGGGCGGUGCUAAGCCUGCUCCUCAUUGUGCUCACUGCCUGUCUCCUUAUCCUGCUGUUGUACAAGAGAGAAAGGAGGGAACUAGUGAUGCAGAAAGUGACUGGAUGUUGCAGAAGAAGAAGCACUAUCUCCUACAAGUAUUCCAAGGUAAACACUGAGGAUGGUGGGGAGGAGGAGAUGGAAUGGCUGAUGGAGGAGAUGGAGGCCCCAGACUUGUCCGCCGCCUCUCGUAAUGGCAAAGAGACCCAGGAGAAUGGACACAUCACGACCAGGCCGGUGCAUGCCGAUGCCCUGAGCUCCCUCCCACUGGACGAGCAGGACAGUGAGGACGAGGUGCUCACAGUACCCGGCGUGCGGGUCCAUGCACCCACAGGACAGGAUAGUGACGAGGACCUGGUAGGGCUGCUGGAAGCGAACGAGCGGAAAGGCCGCACCAAGCGGAAGGAGAAGCUCCGGCGGAAACGGGCCCCCGCACCCGGCUCCUUCCACGAUGAUAGCGAUGAGGACCUCCUCAAGGUGUGACACUCAAUAGCCCAAACCAGGCCAGAGGAACUCUGGCAGAAUGUCUCCAAUAUUCUACGUCCUUUUUCUUUUCUUUUCUUUUUUUUUUUUUUUUCUUCAAAUAAAGGGAAGAAUAUUUGUAUGUGAUGUUUACAGUUUUAAAUUUUUUUUUCUCCCUUCCUAAACAUUGACACAUUGUUUUUGUGAAUGAAUUUAAAUUUGUAAGAUUUAACACAUGCAAAUAUACAAAUGGUUAUUUAUUUUUAUUUUUUAUAUGACUUUUUUCUUUUGCUCUCCAUUAAUGAUUCUAAAUUCCUGGUCAUAAUUGUUUGACAAAUGCAAAUGCUGUUCGCCCAUGUAUGUAUACGAUACACAAAAGUGAAUGAUGGAGGCUGUAGUAUUUUUUCCAGAAAAAAUGUAACUUGUGUCAAAUCAGUAUUUUCCAAGACAGUUUAUGAUCAGUUGGUUGGUAGCUUCCAUUAUAGGGCUAUCUUGGUACUCGUUCAGGGUCCUACAAAUCAUAUUCGUUCCUCCACCUCGUAACUUAUUUUUCACUGGUUUAACACCCUUCACCACUGUUUGCUUGUUCUCCCCUGUCCUGCUGAAGUGUUUUGUUUCACAUCUACUGUCCUGUCUUACAUAAUCAACUCCAUCUAACUCUCUGAUGUGGAAGAUGUUUAGCAUAAGUUUAGGAACAGUUUUUGGCAAAAAUGCAUGUGCAGUUUUUAAUGGAAAAUAGUGGGACCCAGUGCCAUUACAAUACAAAAUAAAUUUCAGGGCUUUAAGUUCUGUCAUUUAACAAGAUGUUUCUCCUGGUUUGCUACAAAUGUAAUUUAAGUUACUGUCUUGGGUUUGUGUGUUUUACUUUGCGGUGAUUUCUACAGAAUAUGAAAUGACGAGUCUGUUCAGGCAUGCAAACAUGUCCUUCUAUACAGUAGUCUGCAUGAGGUGCCACCUGAAAAAUUGUGCUCUUUAGAGGAUGCAGUCAAGGCACCGUAGAGACAUUUUAAUUUAUGCACACAGCCUCUCGGAAUAUUGCCAUAAUCCCUUAUGUUUCACCGUUUGUAUCUUGGAUUGUUUUGCAGCACUGUGCCAUUUAUUUCUGACAUGCAAAUGCAUUACAGAACUUGCAGCAUUCGUCCAGUCAUAUCUGUGAACUCUGAUACGUAUGAUUUUCUUAUUGUUUCCUGUGAAAGUUAUGGGACUGUGGGUAAUUCACUGGCAUUUAUACUUUUAUUUAUUUUUUCUUCUUCUUCUUUGCUUUAAGAAUGUUUGCCAAUCUUUGUUAUAAAAGAGACCUAAAUUCAGCCUUUUGUACUGAUUGUCAUUUUUAGGAGAAAAGCAAAAUUUUGCAAGUAUUGAGUAGAGAAAUCGUACCAUUCUUCAUUAUGGUUUCUGCACAGUGGGAUAAUUUGCAUAGCUUCAGCUGCAGAAUUGAUUCUUUGAGGAAAGAGUCCUGUAGAAGUCACUUUGACACAAAACCUCCUGUGUGGUGGGUUUUGUUGCAGCAGGUGAGAACAGCUCCAUUUUGGUUCCACUUGAUCUUCCUGCUGCUAGCACAGAGUCUGGCUCUGCUGUAUGCACCAAAGCAUGGGGGCUCAGCAUGCCCUGGUUGGUACUGAUCUUGUGAGAAAACACUCUGAAACCCCUCUUUGGUUGUAUGUUUCGUUCUUGAU